CUUCUCUCGGUCCUCCAAAAACAAAAUGGUGGACGCAGUGCUCAACAAAUUUCCAGUUACUCUAACUAGGUUUUCCGGUUGAAAGUAGGGCUAACAAACAAAAAAAAUUGAUUUUCAGAAAUAAUUUCACUUAAAAGACUACAGGUUAAAUUCUUGGAUGAAACUUUGUUAUUCAAGAACUGAAUCGAUUGAUGGCUCCCAUUGUUGUGUUGUUUCGAUCACCUACUUCACCUCCCACAGAAGACGAAUACCACAAGGAGUUGACUAUGAAAGGAUGUGAACCAUUCUCAAUUCCUGUCCUUGCAUUCAAGUAUGACAAUGAGAAAGAGUUGAGUCAGAAACUUCAGGAUCCAAAUAAAUAUGGAGGUAUGGUUGUGACAAGCCAGCGUGCAGUGGAGGCUAUGGAACUCUGUGUGGCUAACUUUGUGUCACAUGAAGUUUGGAGAGAUGAGGUGGCAAAAUUGUGGAAAGAGAAACCAAUAUAUGUUGUGGGAAAAGCUACAGCCAAAGCAGUCAGUGAGAAGCUUGGAUUGAACUCUACUGGAGAUGAUGCAGGGAACGCAGAUGCCCUUGUUCCUUUCAUUCUUCAGUCUUUCACACUAGACAGUGAUCCACUGUUGUUUCCUUGUGGUAAUUUAAGAAGAGAGACAAUACCCACAGCAAUGGCAAAAGCAGGAGUAGCACUUGACAGCAUUCAUGUAUACAGUACAUGUGCAGACCCUAAUGUUAAAAAUUUGUUGGAAGACUUAACAAAAGAGAAGGGUGUUCCAUCAUAUGCUGUAUUUUUCAGUCCAUCAGGAGUUAACUUCACACAAGAUAUUCUUUCUGGCAUUUUGGAAUGGGAUAGUGUUAAACUCAUUGCAAUUGGUAAAACAACAGCAGAAGCAAUGAAGAAUAAAGGUUGGAAAGUAUUUGCAGUAUCUGAACAACCCAAUGCUCACUGUCUAGCUAAAUGUAUCACGCAAAGUGUCGAAGGAGACCAUUAACAGCUGCUAAAAAAUACCUGAAGCACAGUAAAAAAAAGUGGUUUAUGUAUAAUACCACAGAUCUCUGCAUUUUCUUAAAAGAAGAAAAAAAAAAGGCCUCCUCUUACUUUUGAGUAGUGGAAAAUAACAAUCUUGAACAAAAUGAAA